CGCUCGUUAUCCGUAACUUGUGGGGCACGAUGGCGGCGGGCGCGCCGAUCUCGCCGUCCAAGGAGAGCAGCAUGCGCCGUGUGGCAGGCAACGACCGCUGCGCCGACUGCAACAAGGUGUUUCCGCAAUGGUCGUCCGUGACGUUCGGCGUUUUACUCUGCCUCGGCUGCGCCGGCGUCCACCGGUCGCUGGGGGUCCAGACGAGCUUUGUCAAGUCGCUUUCCAUGGACACGUGGACGGCGCGGGACAUCGCGCUCCUCGAAGCUGGCGGCAACGGCAAGUGGACCACCGUGUGCCUUGCCGCCGGUAUCUUUGAACGCCCCAUCGCCGACAAGUACACAUCGUCGGUCGCCGAGGCCUACCGCAAACGGAUGUCGGACGCGGCUGAGUGUCCUUUCUCAGCGCUAGAUGUGCUCGCCGACCUCGGGAUUGAUCCGCCCGCCUCGUUGGACGCGCUCUGUUCAACACUGCCGACGUCCGGCCGCAGCAGCCCCGUCCGACGCUCGUCUCUCGCAUCGCUCGACGCCACGUCCGUAGCAGCGAGCGCGCCUGUAGUGCGGGCAUCGUCCGAGUCGGCCAUCCGCCGCGGAUCGCUGUCGGCCCUCGAGGCAUCGCUGCAAGUCAAGUGCACGCUCUGCGAGGACCUCGUUCAUCUCUCGCACCUCAACGUCCACUCGCAGUCGUGUGCUGCGUCGGCGUCCGUCGAAACCAUCGAGUUUGAAGCGCGUCUCGGGUCUACGACGUCGCCGCUCGGCCUCAGCCUGACCAAGGACGAGCGCGGCGACACGGUCGUCUCCAAGGUGACACCAGGUGGCGACGCCGACGUCUCUGGUGUCGUCAUUGGCGCCCGCGUCCUCGCUCUCAACGGAUCACCGAUGACCAAGUUUGACACGAUCAUGCAGAGCCUCGACGUGCCCCGACCCAUUGGCGUCCGCUUUGCGAUCGACCGACCGUUUGUCGCAUACGACGUGAUCCUCGAGGCGAACGAAGUCGGCUGCACCUUCCAGACUUCCCUGUACAAACACGUCCUCGUGACCUCUGUGGAGCCUGAUGGUCAUGGCGCUGCUGCCGGCGUUCUCAUCGGGUCCCGUGUCUAUCAAGUCAACGGCGAGGCUUUCGCGAUAGCGUCCGACCUCUUGCGCGCUCUACUCAAGGCGUCACGUCCGCUCACGCUGCGACUUCACCGCUACGACGAUGCGCUGAUACGACCGUGGACCAGCAAUAACACGUGAGGUUGCAUUUGCUCGAGUUUGCCCUACCG